AUGCGCGCAGCCGCCGUGUGCUGGCUGAGCAGCGCCUACCUCCUGGGGGCUGCUGGCGUGGAGUGCUUCGUGCUAUUCAGAGGAACAUCGCGAUUCCCCAGCGCAUGCAACAGCCUCUUCAACGAACCACUAACCAAAACGACCCCACGGAAGGAAGGAGCGCUCGGGCCUGGGUCCGAAGCCCUGGAGCGCGAGGAGGCGGAAAGGCUGUUGAAGAAGUACAAGCUGACUUUCAGCGAGGAUGGUGAUCCGCUGCGACGGCGGGGCCAAGACCUGGCCUGCUCCGCAUGCCGGAUGGCCGCAAAACGAUUUCAGAGCAAAGUUGCAAGCAAGAUUAAAGGAAAGAUGCCGGAAGCAGAGAAAAGGACAGCCUUCCAGCGCGGGCUAAGCAUGGCCUGUGAAGAAGGGCAGUUCCCUCAGCAGCUGGCAGUGGUAGAGAAGGAAGGGAAGCAGUUCUACGUUGACUUUCAAGAAGCCCUGGGCAGCGCGCACGGGCGAGUCAAUGUGAAAGCCAUGAGCCCCGAGAUCAAGGCAGAUGUGCUAAGUGGAUGCAGACAUCUGCUGCAAAAAGAAUGGAAAGAGAGCCUCUUGCAGAAGGUGCUUUCAACGCCAAGAGGUGGUCGAGCCUCCGAUGUCGACUUCGGGGUGCUUUCAACGCCAAGAGGUGGUCGAGCCUCCGAUGUCGACUUCGGGGUGCUGAUCUGCGGGCCCAAAAUGGCCAGCGUCUGCGAGGACGAGGAGGGCGGUGGAGACCACGAUGAGGAAGAUGAUGAGCUGUGA